CAACUUGGAUGUUUUUGUAGUGGCAGUGGCAAUCGUUCUGGCACUAAUUUUUUCGCUUUUCGAAAAUAGCAUACGUGCAUAGCUCAGUUUUUUUUUCAAAUUUCUCUAAUUAUUACAAAAAAUUGUGGAAAUUUGUUUCUUAUUUUUCUUAAACACAGUGUGUGAUGAUAUUCGAGUGCAACCUCGAACAAGCCAACAAAUGUAUCAAGCUGGAUCAAACGGGUCAGCCGUUUGUCUAGCAGCAACCGCGGUAGUUAGUGGAACGCGGAGAACACCUGAAACAUGUCUACGUUCUCAACGCUGAUUGGCCAACUGCUACUGGUGGGAACCAUCCUUCUUGGUGGUUCGAUACCGGUAAGAUCUGAAACGGAGGAUGCCGAUCCGCAACCACCAGUCGUCGUGGAAAAGUUACCGUUUUGUGACGAGGAUGUGGAAAACGGAAGGGAUAUUAGCGAUAGACUGAUCUAUGUCACGACACUAGACGGGCGCCUAUCAGCCCUAGAUUUGGCCAACGGAGGCGCACUGCAGUGGAGUGUUGAAACUGGUCCAGGACCCUUGCUCUCGUCCAGCAUACACCGGCUGGAACUGACGAACAAUGGGAAAUGGGUUCGGAUGAUUCCGUCGCUGAAUGGAGGCCUGUAUAAAUUCGACGGCGAUACGGUUGAACCGAUUCCGUUCAGUGCCGAAGACUUGCUGAAAUCAUCGUUCAAGUUCUCUGACGACUUGGUGAUAUCUGGUGGCAAGGAGACACGCUCGUACGGGAUCUCCAGCCGAACCGGGCAGAUUAUUUACGAAUGUACGAUGAGCGGAUGCAGGAAUACCACCGAAAUUAUGCAUGCCGAAAAAACGAAGGAUGAGCCGAUGGAGGAAGUGUUAUCGUAUGAUCCCUUGCAGGAUGAUGUAAUCGUUAUUCGUCGUCAGACGCAGACGGUUCGAGCGGUUGAAUCUCGGACUGGCAAUGAACGUUGGAACUUUAGUAUCGGUCAUCAUGAGCUAGAGAUGUUGAAGAAUGAGGAUUGUCGAGGAGGGUCUUCGGAAGCGUCGUUAGACCCGGGACUUCUAGAUGUGGAGCUUAAAGUUAUCAUUCCAGAUGGCGUUGUGUGUGCCGUUAGUCGAUCUACAGGUAAAAUUCAAUGGAAGUAUACCUUCGACCAUCCGGUAGUAAGCGCUUGGCGAGCUAAAGAUAAGAAUGACAUCAUGAGCGUGAAUUUGUUUCGUGGAGCGGAUUGGAUUUGGAAUGAUAACUCACAGCAACAGCAAGCGGAUGGACAAGGCAAACCUGCGUCUACAUCAACGGAGUCCAAGCAAAAUAGCAUGAUAAAUCCCUCACUUUAUUUGGGAAUGCAUCAGAAGCAGUUGUAUAUUCAAGAAUCUGGCACUUUUUUAGCACGCCGUCAGCCUGUGGAUGUACAAACAGUUUUUCUUUCAGAUGAGUCCAAGUAUCCGAUGAUUCCUUGGAAGCCAUACCCGGCAAGACCGGUAGUAGCAGGUUAUCUCACAGACGGCAGCGAUAAAGAUGAAACGGAAGAUUCAAAAUACGCUGAGUCCACUGCCAUCGCACGAUCGGUUUUGUAUCAAUCGGCGUACGUAAACGGGGAUGGAUUCUUCCUAUAUACGCCCGAUGAUCUUAAUCAGAAGGAUAAUGGCUUAUGUUCAAACAAUUCUGGCUCGCCAGGAGGCUUGCGAAACAAGAGUUCCAUAUUCGAUUUUACCAUUGAUCCAGACGCACCAGUGAAAGUAAUAAUUAUUUCUAUAUGGUUUUGGUGGAAAGAAAUUCUUGUUAUAUCCGCCACAACCGCAUUUAUUCUGAACUUCAUGCUAAGAUUUAAAAACGAGAAAGAGGUGGUAGUGUUUGUAGAACGACAAGUUGAAGUUCCUGUACCGAUUGCUUUGGAAGCAACAGAGGACAAUAUAACUCCACUUGCUGCGUUAAGAGGCUCUAGAAGUUUGUCCGAAUCCAAUGGAGACAGCUUUGUUUCUCGAUUCCAGGAAGAUUUCGAGCUGGUACAGUGUCUUGGGAAGGGGGGCUUUGGAGUGGUUUUUGAAGUUAAAAAUAAAUUGGAUGAUUGCAAUUAUGCCAUAAAGCGAGUGGUACUUCCUAACCGGCAAGAGUCUAAGGAUCGAGUGAUGAGAGAAGUAAAAACACUUGCCCAUUGUGAGCAUAAUAACAUUGUGCGAUACUUCCAUGCUUGGACCGAGACUCCGCCACCCGGCUGGCAAGAGAAUCAAGAUAAAAUAUGGAUCGAACGCAAUUGCCUAUCGACAUCAAUCGACAUAGAAACGCCGACAGAAACAUCACCACCAAACAGCAAUAUUAUACCUGGCAGCAGAAAUAACUUUUCGCAGAGCAUCAAACAAAAGUACAACAAAACCAAGCAUUCCAGCUUAGGCCAACCGUUGCCUUGGCUAACGAAAGUACCCGAGCCAAGCUUUUCCGGUUCCCACGUUGAUAACGAUGACGAUCAGUCCGACAGCUAUAUUGAAUUUCGGGCAGAUCAUGCCCGCAGUGAAACUUCCGACACAUCGUUCCAAAUAGAAUUCAAACAUGACAGUCAAGCGGCAGAUGAUUCUGUGAAUAUCGCCUAUAACGAACCAUCACUGAGUGCUACCUCACGAAAACAUCAUGUGGUGUCGAUCCAUGAAACAUCGUCAUCCUCUGCAUUCCCCCCGCAGACUAGACCCAGGAUUGAUCGUCAAACACUUAAAAAACGUCAUCGACGACAUCUUUCGCUUGAUCUCACCAGCACUGGGAGUGUCGCUAUACUAUCACCUGUUACUGAAAGUAACAAUAUGAUGAGUUCCAACACCAACGGAACAAGCAACGUAAGCAAUAAAAUUUAUCUUUAUAUCCAGAUGCAAUUGUGCCGAAAGCAGUCAUUAAAAGAAUGGCUUGCUGAAAACGAUCUAACCGUUAGGCAGGACCGCAUUAUUCCUAUCUUCGAACAGAUUGUGAAUGCUGUAGAAUAUGUUCACCUGAAGGGACUAAUACACCGGGAUCUUAAACCUAGCAACAUUUUCUUUUCGCUCGAUGGGCGCGUUAAAAUCGGUGACUUCGGCCUGGUCACCGAUUCCAGUGAUUUGCAAUAUGACAAUGAAAACAACCUUCCCGGUAUGACGAUGCUGAUGACGAAUGCCCAAAAACAGCGCCACACCCGACAGGUUGGUACGCAACUGUACAUGUCGCCAGAGCAGCUGAAAGGACAACAGUAUGACUAUAAGGUCGAUAUUUACUCACUCGGUUUGAUUUUAUUCGAGCUGCUGGUUAGCUUUGGAACCGAAAUGGAACGAAUCAAUACAUUGAAAGAUGUGCGAAAAGAUAUAUUUCCCACCGGGUUUCAGGAAAAAUACUCCGAUGAGUAUCUACUGCUGAAAUUGAUGCUAGCGGAAAAGCCGAAUCAACGUCCGACGACUUUUGGUAUUAAGGCUCGUCCACCUUUGAAACGUAUGCCGGCAAGCCGUUCGACACCGCAACUUCACUCGCAGUCUUCGGCUGACGAUCAACCGUUGGUGGAGGGAGCCAAUAGUUCUCCAUCGUCUGAAAGUUCCGAUCACAGCGAAUGGCACUUUGAACUGCCACCCAGACGUAAGGAUAGCCGUUCGUUAACUGCGACAACAGCCUCGAGUUCCAGCAACUCUGGAACAAACCAGAAUCAUAUCUUCUUUUGACGGCGGAGGAGAUUUACUUACAUUUAAUCACUGAGGCCAAAGGCCCAAAUUAUUAAAUUAUUUGCUCUUUAUGUUAUAAGAAGUUACAACGAUAAGUUGAUUACCUUGGUAUAAUAGUCUAAGUAUUUCUUCCAGUUUGUAGAUACCAAGUAUUAAACAUAUGAUCGUGAAUAACAGGAACCGUUUAUUGUGAAGACCGGUACGACUGGUAGGAUUUGUAAUAUUUUGAAGAGAAAUAAACGUUUUACAAUCUACCAACUAGCAACUAA